UGUUUCCAGCUUCGAACACCGCGAUGCGUGCGUGCGCGUGCCAGCUCUGAGCCAUGGCGGAGUCUUCGUCCCGAUCCCUAACUAGUGCCUUCUCUCCUCCCCCAGUCUUCUUCUGAGAGCUUCUUCUUUGAUCCUGUGAUUCGGAGAUCGAUGAGAAAGGGUGGAAUUUGGUGUGGGAUUGGUUGAGCUGGGUGUUUGUUUUGGAAAUGGCGGAAGGGGGAAAGCUUUUGUAUGUGGUUGUGGUGGAUGAUGUGGAGGGAGCGUCCUCGUCGUCAUCGUCGUUCAGGUAUACGCGGCCGGUGCUCCAGAGUGCCUUGCAGCUCAUGGGAUGCAAGGCGAGACACGCAUUCAAGAUUAGCCGAAGAGUGUAUGAAGUGUUGAGAAGCAAUCAAUCAACCUUGAAAAGUCCAUUAUGUGAUAACAUUCCUAGUAACAAUGUUGAUUCCUCUGGUAAUGAAGAGGCUGCUGGCCUGCCAUUUAUUGCAAAUGUGGAGCAAAGCAAAAAGAUGCCAUUUGAAUUGUACAAAAGCCUUACAACAAUUGUUGUUACGAGAGAGACAUUUUUGAAUGUUGUUUGUGAUGCUCUCUCUGGAUACAAGUAUGUAGGUCCUAAUCAAAGGGCUGACUUGAUGCUGGCAUGUAGAAUUCGUGAAAGGAAGGAAUCUGUUACAGUGCUUUUAUGUGGCACAAGUGGGUGUGGCAAAUCUACUUUGUCAUCGCUGCUGGGAAGUAGGUUGGGCAUCACAACUGUAGUUUCCACAGAUUCAAUACGGCACAUGAUGAGAAGCUUUGUUGAUGAAAAGGAAAAUCCACUCCUCUGGGCCUCGACAUACCAUGCUGGAGAAUGCUUAGAUAUGAUGGCGGUUGCAGAAGCAAAAGCAAAAAAGAAAGCCCAAAAGUUAGCCAGGUUUUCCAAUUCUGUUAGCAAAGAAGAGUCAUCUGAUGGAGUGAACAAAUUGGUUGAGGCUGGGCAUGGGGCUGAAUUGAUUAGCAGUAAGCAAAUGGCUGUUGAGGGCUACAAAGCACAGAGUGAAAUGGUUAUUGACAGCCUUGAUAGACUGAUUACUGCAUGGGAAGAACGAAAAGAGUCUGUUGUUGUUGAAGGCGUGCAUUUGAGCCUAAAUUUUGUGAUGGGUCUCAUGAAGAAACAUCCGUCGAUAAUACCAUUUAUGAUUUAUAUCACAAAUGAAGACAAGCACAUGGAGAGGUUCGCAGUUCGUGCUAAAUACAUGACAUUGGACCCUGCAAGAAACAAAUAUGUCAAAUAUAUCCGUAACAUCAGAACCAUUCAAGAAUAUCUCUGCCACCGUGCUGAUAAGCAUUUGGUGCCGAAGAUAAAUAACACAAAUGUUGAUCGGAGUGUGGCAGCAAUUCAUGCCACAGUCUUCAGCUGCCUACGAAGGCGAGAGGCUGGAGAUCAGCUAUAUGAUCCAACAACAAACACAGUGUCUGUGAUCGAUGAAGAGUAUAGAAACCAGUGCACUGCUAACUCCCUGAGUUCCAAAGGAAUGUUUCAGUUGAUACAGAGGCAGGGUUCUUCAAGGCAUUUAAUGGCUCUGCUCAAUAUAGAUGGGUCUGUUGCAAAAGCCUGGCCAGUUGAGUCAACCGGUGUUAAUGGGAAGCCCAUCUCCGGCACUGCUAGUGAUAAGUGCGUGGGGGUUCCUAUGUAUGGUCCUUUACAAAUCAGAAAGGCAGAGCCGGUUAAUCUCCAGUUUGGUAAUUUUGGACUCAGCGCUUGGCCUAGUGAUACUGGUGGAACUAGUCAGACUGGAAGCAUAGAUGAUUCAAAGGUUGAUUGCACUGACACGGGGAGCAGACAUUUUUCUUCCUCUUGUAGUUCUCCUAGGAUGUCUGAUGCACCUGCCAAAGAGCUCAAGGAGGAAUCAUCUGUGUCUGGCAGUGAAGAAGAAGCUGAUGAUCUGCCCAAUGCAGAUACCGAUGAGGAUGCUAGUGAUGCAAAUGAAAACAACAUCGACGAUGAGAUGGCAGGCUCCGUCGAUGAGUCAACCAAGUCCGACGAGGAGUACGAAGACUUGGCCAUGCGAGACAGUUUUGAAAACGGAUAUUCUUCAGAUGAUGAGGAGGAAAAGAAUUCAAAUGAGAAUAAACCUGCAGAGAGAAAUAGUUCAGCUUCAACAGCAGGAGGUAAUAAUAAUAAUAAUAAUAAUAAUAAUAAUAAUAAUAAUCAGAAUAGCGCAGACCUUCUACAAACAAUGCCAGAAGCACCAUCUGCGAGGAGCCAAAUGAAGAAGCGUUCACUAAGUGAUAACUCACGGUUGCUCGGGCGGCAGAGGAGGAAUUCAUCACUGAGCAAGUCUGGGUCAUUGCGCCGGGGAGGUAGUUCCCUUCAAGGGGAGCUUCCAGGUUCUAUUAUUGAUAAUCAGGAUAAAAAGCCUCCCCAGUGAUGGUUGUUUUCUUUGCUGUUUUUUUUUUUUAAGGGAUGAGUUAUGGUUCAUUUUGUAUCUUUUCUUAGGAACCUGCUUAUCCAGACCAAGGGAUGGUGAUGGGUGUGAGAGAUUCUGAGAAUGUUCUUUUUUUGUCUGUGCAUGUAGUUUAACGGAACAAAACUCUUUUUUUAUACGAUAUUUGCUUGGCCUAUAGGUAAUGGUUGUUCGCAAGAUGAUGAAGGCACAAGUGUGUUGAAGUUU